AAUAUUUCAGAAUUUAUGCUUAAAUCCGCUUUACCCGCCUUUGUCCAACCAUUCCUUUCAGGGACCGCUCCACUGGCUGUCAUUGAACAAAAAGAAGCUUCAAGAAUUUCAUUUGUGUUUGUUGAUUGUCCAUUAUUGAACGAUCAAUCCAUUAUUCGGAUUACAGAUCAUUUUGCAGAAAAAUUCAAUGCGGGAAUUGCAAACUAUGCAUAUAAAUGGAAAUAUUGUCGUCAAAUGCUUCAGCUUCUGAGGGAUACUGGUGGGUUGCCACGCGCACUUCAACGACUCUUUAUCAUCUGCUUUGGAGCAGAUGGUAAACAGGGGAGAGAAUUUUUUAAGAAACUUGAAAAAAAAGAUAUUAAGUUUGUGGACUAUUUCAUCAAAGUCAAGGACAGUCUUGAUAAACAGUAUGGCAUAAAAGACUAUGUUGAAAACAACAGAAAUGUUGCUAUGAAGCUCAUAUAUUUUUGCAUUGAAGGUAUUGCCAUUGACACUAAUAAAUGUUUGGAUGAUAAUAAUCCAGCUCUUACAAUCAGAAGCCUAGAACGUGAUAAACAUAUUAUUCUCUCCUCUGUUGAACAAUCUGAUGGAUGCAAUUUGUUCCUUAUUAAUAUGCCCUUUUAUUUUAUCUGUUUAUAUAAUGACGUUCUGUGUAUUGUUAAACCUACACUUGUUCACUUGUUCUAUGAUGAACGCAUGUAUUGGAAAGAAUGGGAGGUGUUUGUGGCAUACCAUGAAGCAUUUCAUACUAAUCUGGCGAUAAAAAUGGGAAAGACUACAAUGACAUUACGAGAAUUAUAUCCUAAUGCUGAUAAGUUGGAUGUUAACUUUGAUGUGAGCGUAGAAUUGAAACCUCUUCGUGUAUGUAAAGCAAAUGAACAAUUUCCACACACUAAUCCAUUAACAGAAAAACAUGAUGGUAAAAUAAUAGACUGGCAGAGUGGUAAUGUAGUAGUUAUCAAUGGUAGUAGUGCUCCGUUUGCUGACGUAUUUCUUGUCAGAAAACUUGUGCAUAUUGAAUUUAAAAAAUUCCUAAUGUUGAACCAGUGCAAAUGGGAUUACGUUUCAAAAAAGAUGCCCGAAAGUAAAGUUGAAGAAGAAGAUGAGAAAAAUCUAAAGAGUUUUUAUACUGCUGUUGAUGAUGAUGAUGAUAAUUAUAUUCUUAUUACAAUUAUUUUUACUUCGCAACCAUAUAAGAAGGAAAAGCAUGAAUCAGGUAUUUUGGUAAUUUCAAAAGAGGAUUUUAAAAAACACUUUGGACCUGUUUUUUCCUCUUGGGCAUCAUUUGCCAUUACCAGAGAUGCAAAUCCCAACUUUUGGAAAAAAAAUAGGUUGAAAAAUGUUCUUAACGGUAUUGGCGAUGCCUUGAUUGAUAAUGUAAUCAAAAAGUGGCCAUAUUAUAGCGAUGAAGAUUAUUAUAUCAAAAAUCCAGGAGCUAAAAAAAUGCCAAAAAUGGAUUAUUUCCCAUUUGACGUGUCAGAAAUUUUAGAUAUCGAAAACCGAUGAUUGAUGUGAACCAACAACUCUAACAAAUGAGAUGAUGCAAUGACAAACACACACGCGGGUUACCAAAGGGUUCAUACUAAUAGUAAUCAUGUACACCUUGUAUAUUAAACUAUUAAAAAAUAAGAUUUUUU